UGCAUGUUUGUUGAUAGACUACUUUAUGCCAGCUUUUCCCAAAAACAUGUGAAUGAGUAUCAGGAUCUCGGACACUAACAUGCUCUUAGUAUGGGUCUUGCUUGAGAGGCAUUUUCCAUCCACUAGGUUAUACUAUAGAACAAUUGCAAAUAGCCUCAGCGCCUCUCUCUCUGUGUGUGUGUGUGUGUGUGUGUGUGUGUGUCCGUCCGUCCCAGUGCUUGUCAGAGUUAACUCUCUUCUACUGGUCAUUUAUAUUGUCUCAGCAUUGUGUAAGAGAGGUUGUAUGGACUCUUCUCUUCCAUACUACUCCCUCUCUCGUUUUGCGUCUCUCGUUCUCUCGGUCCGUCUCUCCCCAUCGCCUGUAGCCUAGCCUAAUAAGCGGUCUGAGUGUCUCCCAUGUUUGGAAAUAGACGUCAGCAAGGAGCGUAUUCUUGAUCCAGAAGGUCCGGAACCACACCCCGUGCACUGGAGCAACGAAGGAACUUGCGUUUGGAAGACAUACAAGCUUAACCAAACACUUGGGGCACCAUGGACCAUAACCCUCACACCUUGGACCCCCGCCACCGCAGCAUGGACUUUCGGCAGAAGAACAUGCUCCUGGACCACCGGGACGACUUCGGCACCACCUUCGCUGUGCUCAUGAUACAGGUGGCCAUCUUCCUGUCGGCAGGCAUCUGCCUGGGCCUGCCCCUGCUCAUCUGGGCGCUGCGUCGGCUCCACGUCUUCCUGCGUCGCGGAGGGCGCGUGACGGCCUUCAUGGCCUCGGCGCUCCUCUUCGAUUUCCUGGAGCUAGUGAUGAGCUCGGUGGUGGUGAUCGUGCUGGCGCGCGGCGUCUGCCUCAUCACGUCCAUCAAGUGCCGCCUCAUGCUCUUCCUGUGGCUGGGCAUGCAGUUCUGCGGCCUGCACUUCCAUCAGCUGGCCGCGCUCGAGGGCGUCCUGGCCCUGGUCAACCCCAUGCUCACCGCCAGCUGGCCCUUCGUGCUGGUCACCGUGGCCGUGUCGCUGCUCGAGUGGGUCUUCUUGGUGGCCUACGUGGGCGCGGCGCCGCACCUUGAGUGUCCGGCCGCGUACAUCGUGUGGUUCCUUCUGGCCGUGGUGCUGUUCAUCGCCACCGCCGUGCUCACCUACUUGUACCAGCCGCCUGAGGACGAGCGCUGGUACAGGGCCAAGAAGAACGGGCGACUGGCGCUGGCCGUCGCGAGCCUGCUUGUCGUCUAUGUGCCGCACUUCUUCGCGCGUGGCAUACUCUUCGAGCACGACUCGCCGCAGGAGCCCGAGGUCAACGAAUACGCCAUGGUUGGCUGUCUCUCGGUGGUUGUCUUGCAGCUGGUGGUCGACCCUCUCUUGUGCGUGCUCUACUUCAAGGAUAUUCCCGAAAUACAAAUAGAUACAGAUAUCCCUAGUGUGCCACGGAUGAGUUUGAACUGACCCAACCCCCCCACCCCCAUCCUUACCUGUGAGUGUCUUGGAUGAGUGCUGUGGAAGGAAGGAAGUCCACGCUAAGGUGCCCCCUGCUCCCCACACCGCCCC